AUGGAAGAAAAUAUCGAUAUAAAUCCAUGUUCAGUUGUAUCAAGACAAUCAAAACGUCAAUUAUCACAUGAUGAUGAAAAAACACGAAAAAAACCUGCUAAACGUUCUCCUAAGCGAUGUUCAAAUGAAAAAGUCAAUGAAAAAAAUCAAGUUCCAAUAUUUACAGAUGCAUUUCUUGAUUUAUUUCGUAAACAAAAAAGUGAAAUACGUUCACUUAAAUUAACUUAUAAUCAAUUAUCUGAAAGCUUUAAAUUAAAAGAUGCACAACAAGAACAAAUUCGUUUAGAUAAUCAAAAGAUGCGUUUAGAUAUUGAAGAAAUUUCUCAAAAAAAUUACUUUUUAAAAAAUCAAAUAGAUCAAAUUCAACAACAAUUUAAAGAAUUAUUUCAUCAAGAAAUUAACAAAGAUUUUUUUUUAUUUUUACGUCAAAAUCCUAAUGAUCAAGACAUACAAAAUAAAAUACAGCAAAUUGUCAAAUCACUUCAAUUAUAA